AUGAGUCUAAAUACGAAAAUUGAUAUUUUGUUUUUAAAAAAUUGGGUUAGCAAUAAUAAAAGCCUGAUUUCAACAUUUCUGAGGCUCGUAUCUUUUUUUUACACAAACCCAACUACGUUGAACGUCAACAAGCUUGGAGUUUAA